AUGGGAUACAUCGACGACGAGGUCAAGCGUCUCCAGAGCGUCAUUGCCAACCUGGAGGGCAGAGUCCAGGCUCUCGAGACCAAGCAGUUUGGUCCCAGCUCCCAGAAGAAGACUGUCGAGGAGGUCCGCGCCAUUCUGAUCGGUCCUCCCGGUGCUGGCAAGGGAACACAAGCGCCCAGACUUAAGGAGAAGUUCAACUGCUGCCAUCUUGCCACCGGUGACAUGCUCCGGUCCCAGGUUGCCAAGAAGACCCCCCUCGGCCAAGCGGCUAAGAAGAUCAUGGAUGCCGGCGGUCUCGUCUCUGACGAGAUUGUCAUUGGCAUGAUCAAGGAGGAGCUCGACAACAACAAGGAGUGCAAGGGCGGCUUCAUCCUUGACGGUUUCCCCCGCACCGUCCCCCAGGCCGAGGGUCUCGACAAGAUGCUCUGCGAGCGCAACCAGACCCUCCAGCACGCCGUCGAGCUCAAGAUCGACGACGAGCUCCUCGUAGCGCGCAUCACCGGCCGUCUGGUCCACCCGGCCUCGGGCCGCAGCUACCACGUCAAGUUCAACCCUCCCAAGAAGGAGAUGACCGACGACAUCACGGGCGAGCCAUUGAUCCAACGCUCCGACGACAACGCCGACGCUCUCAAGAAGCGCCUCGAGACCUACCACAAGCAGACCACCCCUGUGGUCAACUACUACCAGAAGACGGGCAUCUGGAAGGCCAUUGACGCCUCCCAGGAGCCCGGCCAGGUCUGGAAGAGCCUGCUGGCCAUCUUUGACGGCGACAAGUCCAAGGCUAGCAAGGCUGGCAGCACCAUCCUCAGCAAGCUCACCCACAGCUCUUAGACGGGCGAUAGUGGGGUGGGUUCCGGGGAUAGGAAGUGCGGUAGCAGCGGUGGUGGUAAGGAAGAAGAGGAAAACAACAUGGAGAAACAGGAUGCCUAGAAGUCAGCCGAUUGUAAAGAAGAAAGCGAGCGGCUCGACUACUUGCUGUUUCUGAGCGGGUGCCACUAAAGUUCCCGUGUUUAUAUGAGGGAGCAGGUUUACUGCUUCUCUGCUGUUGGAGUUGAGUGAUCCCAGUUGGAAUCUGGGAGGGAUAAAAAGAGGGGGGUGGUGGAUUCGGUAUAUACCCGGAUUGUUCAACAAACCAACCAGCAUCAUUUUUUUUCUCCUUUGCCCUUUACCAUUGAACCUCCCUAGGUACCUACCUACCUAUCCUCGAGAUUCACACAAAAUCAGAACAAAAUUUCAAAGCAGAAGCGAAGUAGCGAGCGAGAAUGUGUAAUGAAAUGGAAUGAGGGUGGAAAAAAGGGACAAAAAGCGUGGCCAUGCUUACACAAUGUAUUAUCA